AAGAGAAAGCUUCCGGGCGGCCCAAGGGUGGGCAGAGGGCCAUCGUCAGUCCUGGGAAAGGGGAAAGCAAGGAGGCCUAGAGGGCGGCCUUUCCCCGGGAGAGCGUGGAAGGAUGGCGGCGGCGGCCACGCCAAGGAGGAAGAGAGCAGGACAGGGUGGGGACAGCCCCUCCGGGGGCUUCUGGGGGCGGAUCCCCGGGGUCUGGGGGUAACCCUUCUGGGUGUCCGGGGACUGUCCUCCCUCCGGGGUCCGGGGGCGGUGCUCUCCCGGGUGUCUGGGGACGGUCCUCUCGCUGGCCGGGCUGCAGCGUGGAGACCCGGAGGACCAGGCGGGGCGGCGGCCCCGCCCCGCGAUGCUUUUACUUUGGGGAUCUCCAGGAGAGCCUUUAAAAAUAGCCUGGCUGACGUGUGAAGAGCGGCUCUUUAUGGCAAGGGACGAGUGCCUGCUCUCGUGCAAGCUUGAGCGAGGAUUGAGCGAGGAGGAGAAGGGGCCGAGGCCGCCCGCGGGGAGAAGCGUCAACGCCGCCGCCUGAAGUGGGGCAAAGGUCGCGCGUGGCACCCACCGCCUGCGGCGGCCCAGACGCUCUGGUUCCUGUGCCGGAAGCAUUUUCACUCUCAACAUAAUAAGGAAAACAGAAUUUUCCAUAAAAGGAUUUUGUUUUUCCCUUGAAGACGGUACACUUACCGGGUCAUCUUUGGGCCUUCCCUUUCUUGAUAAAGAAACUCAAAACAGUGGCCUCUUUCAUAUAUUCUAGUUAGCUCGUGUCAAACGAGGCUGCUUAACUCAUCAGCAUUGCGGUUAGGUUUGAAGCUGAUUAUUAGAUAACAGAUAACUGAUUUAUGGACACCUGAGUUCAGUCCGGAGCUAUGCCACCCGGGGGGGUAUUGAGUUUCCGGCCUCAGGUUUAUCACCUCUUUGGGAAGAUGAAACUAGCUCCUUGGAUGUAAUCCAUGACACCAAUUUGCGUUACAUUGUGAAAUCUGUCGACGGCUUUUCUAAGACUUCAGAGGAGGAAGAGACCCAUGCGAAUAAAAGGAUCUGGGAAACAUUCCAAGAAGAGGCCCAUCUUCAAGUUUAGAGUUAACAUUUCUCGAGCAUGUAUUUACAAUUGAUGUUCAUUAUCCUUGGAUCCUGUAUUUCUGAAUUUGCCUACUUCCUAAAAUUUAUCUGUAACCCCCAAGAUCAUUCACAGAUACAUGCAAGUGACAAAAAAGAGUGGCUGCACCAGUUUGCAUUCCCACCAGCAGUGCAAAAGAGAUCAUCUUUCUCCGCAUCCUGGCCAACAUCUGUUAUUGCCUGAGUUGUUAAUGCUACCCAUUCUGACAGGUGCAGAACAGUUCUAUUUCCAAUGUCCUGACCUUUCACAGUAUCUGCAAGAGUCUUCAGAUGAACAAGGGAGAUGUGGGAAUUGGUAAAGGUGCUCUGAUUUGGGGGAACACAAACCAACUUAGAGCCUUCAUACCAGUCUCAUCCACCAGUUGUAUCCUUUAAAAGGUCAGCUGCAUCAGAAAACGAGGAUGCAGCGCUGUCCCUGGGGUUGGCUUAAGUGCAAGUUGGCUUGAACCCAAGGAGGAGGUCACUUUAUACCCAUCUGGAAGCAGCCAUAAGGUACAUGGCUAAGCCCUGGACACCUGCCGCACCUUAUGCAGGAUUCCACAGUCCCCCCUGGUGAAUUCUUGAUGGAUUUCACUCCUGAUUGCUGGCAAUUCCUGGGCAGGAGAGAUGGCCCUGAUCAGGCUGGGGUUUGGAAGGCAGCAUCUUUGUCUGUUAAGGAGGAGGAGUUUCUUGCUGUCGAAACUCAUAGCCGUUGUCUUUGCUGCACUUCUAUUCUGCGAAUUUUUAAUCUAUUACUUAGUGAUCUUUCGAUGCGAUUGGCCUGAGGUGAAAACUCCAGCCCACAACAGUGGACAAGAGACUCUGAAAGCCAUGUUUUUGGCUGAUACUCACUUGCUUGGGGAAAUACGAGGCCAUUGGCUAGACAAAUUACGAAGGGAGUGGCAAAUGGAGAGAGCCUUCCAGACAGCUCUAUGGUUGUUGCAGCCAGAAGUCGUCUUCAUCCUAGGGGACAUCUUUGAUGAAGGGAAGUGGAGCUCCCCCCAGGCCUGGGCAGAUGAUGUGGAGCGGUUUCAGAAAAUAUUCAGACACCCACGUCAUGUGCUGCUGAAGGUGGUUGCUGGCAACCAUGACAUUGGCUUCCACUAUCAGAUGAGCACAUACAAAAUAAAACGAUUUGAGAAAGUUUUCAACCCUGAAAGGCUGUUUUCUUGGAAAGGAAUUAAUUUUGUGAUGGUCAACAGUGUUGCCCUGGAAGGGGAUGGCUGCAACCUUUGCUCUGAAGCAGAAGCUGAAAUUAUCGACAUUUCUCACAAACUGAAUUGCUCCCGAGAGCAGGAACAUCACUCCAGCAGGUGCAUAGAUGAGCAGCCGCUGCCGGCGUCAGCCCCGGUCCUUCUGCAGCAUUUCCCCCUUUACCGGAGAAGCGAUGCUAAUUGCUCCGGGGACGACGCCGCACCUCUGGAAGAGCGGGACAUCCCCUUUAAGGAGAGAUACGAUGCACUUUCCCGGGAGGCCUCACAAAAGCUGCUCUGGUGGCUCCGGCCGCGGCUGGUCCUGAGCGGCCACACGCACAGCGCCUGCGAGGUGCUCCACGGGGCGGGGACCAUGGAGAUCAGCGUGCCAUCUUUCAGUUGGAGGAACAGAAACAACCCCAGUUUCAUCAUGGGCAUGUUGACCCCCACAGAGUACGCCCUUGCCAAGUGCUACCUCCCCUACGAGAACACCGUUCUGGCCACAUACUGUGUAGCCAUUGGGUUCCUUGUGGUCCUCAUGUUAGCUCACUUUAAGCUCCUAGCCUCGCCUCUUCUCUUUGGUUGGAACUUGCUCAGAAAACUUAAGACAACGUAAAGCGCAGGAGACGCUUUUGCAUUUCGUCACAAAUAACAAAGGCAGGAAAACUGAACUCUGGGUAGUGCUCAUGUGAGAAGGGGACAAAGGGGGUGGCAGUCUUUACACCCAUCACAGGAACUGUAAAUCACGGAUGCGAACUCCUGCAAGGAUAAAUAGUUGACUGUACUGUUCUCAUGCUAUAACAAUGGAACGUGUACUCUACAACAAGUCUGUUUUCUCAUUUUAUCAAAUAUAUGUAUAACCAAAGAUCGUGUCUGUACAAUAUGUAAAAGCUAUUAAAGUCUCACUUGCAUGCACUAUGCUGUCUGUCCUUCCCCAAGAUGGAGCCGGCACCUGGGAUUAUGUGCGCACAAACACUGGGCUUGCUUCUGUCCCCCUACGAAGUGGGCCUCAGACUCCUAUAUAUUAUAAAGCUAUGCACUUAAAAUAAAAGUACAGACGCCACAAGCAGGAAUAUAUUGUUUUCACAGACUUUUGUGCUUCUGUGCUCAUUAUGGAAUCAGAUUUUUAGCUAAGUGUAAUUUUCUCUCCAGCAGGCCAAGCUGUUAAAUCUGAAUUUAAUGUCUGUCCGUGAUCAAAAGAAACCUGACAAAGAGCUGGGAAGGGGCUUUUGGUACUUAAAAAUAAAUAUGUCUUGAUAAUUUGAAA